UAUCUACUCCACAAGGAAUGAAGCUUUGGACGAUUUUGCUCUUCUUCCUUCCUUCUAUUCUUGGAGACUCAGUAUUUGAUGAGCUGGAAUCCAAUGAUCUGAUUCCUAUAUCAACCCGAAGUCGUGAGGAAUUACCGAAAUGCAGCGGAAACUCCAUAUGUGGAUUCCUCCAGGCAAAUAACAAGGGUUUGACAAGUGUACAGUACUGUGAGUGUGGUGCAGGUUCUACCUGUCCCUUAGAAUGGGACCAGUUUGAUGGACAGUCAAUAUCUCAAGCUACAUCUGAUCAGUACAAAUUCUGUGGGCAAGCCCCCAAGCUGGAGGAGUGCAGGAGUGAAUCCCAGAUUGCCUACACGUCCUACCAGAAGUAUAAGGGGGAUGCUAAGGUCUUGAUCAGGGAUGAGAUUCACUGUGUUUGUCCCUUUGGAAGUUCCUACCAAGAUGUCAAGUUCAACUUUAAGGAUGAGGGAAUAUUCGAGAUUGUGGAAAUAGAUUACUACUGUUUGCCACUGGUGGAGUGUAAUGUAACGGAUACGUGUAAGGAUAUUACAGAGAAGCCAGGAGAGUAUGUUGUGAACCCGAAGUGUAUCUGCCCAGGAAGUAUGGUUUGCUCUAGUACUACAGACAGAUUCGCAACAACUGAAAGAAUGGGAAAUAUGAUCCUACACAAGAUUCAGUGCCAACCACCCAAAGGACGAGGAAAAUAUGAAGACCUGUACAGACUUCUCCAAAAUCUACCUGAAUCUUCUAACCUAGAAGCGGAGAAGAGGAAGGUCAAGCAGAUAAUCAGAAUGCAGCAGGAACUGAGUCCUGAAAAAUCCCGUCAGAAAAAUCGUAGUUCCAAGGCACAAAAAACAUCUAAGAAUCAAGAAAAGCCGGUGAGAUGGGGUCCAGCUCUUGGAAUGUUUGGAGGCUGGAAAUAGAUAAACAUUCAUGUACUGUACUGCAGCACUUCUGUAUACGGCUGUACAAACUACUACUCUAAAACAAUCCUCUAUAAAUAUCAAAUAUAUAAAUGUUAAAAUAGUUUCAAGUUUGUUUAAUUCUUGCUCUAAGUAUAUCAAUAUAUUGGUUGUAAUUUUU